AUGCGCGCCGUGCUCAAGAAACCCAAAGCGUUCAAGCUGCGUGUCCUGCACGGGCCGCAGAAAUUCGGGGUGGCGGGCAGGAGCCCCGAAGAGGUGCUGCAGAAGGGGUGCCGCCUCCUGCAGGUCCCCCAGCUCGGGGCCCGCCUGUGUCUCUAUGAGGACGGGGCAGAGCUGACCCAGGAGAACUUCGGCCGAGUCGCAGACCACACGGAGCUCCUGCUGCUCACGGCGGGCCAGACCUGGCAGGGCUACGUCAGUGACAUCAGCCGCCUCCUGAGCGUGUUCCACAGGCCACCGGCCGGCCUGGUACAGGCGGCCCGGCAGCUUCUGGCAGGGGAACGGGCGCCACUGCGGCAGAGGCUCCUGGCCGACCUUCUGAGCACUGCCAGCGAGAACAUCGCCGCCGAGACGCGGGCCCAGGACCCGCCCUGGUUUGAAGGCCUGGAGCCCCGAUUCCGGAGCAAGGCGGCCUACCUGAGGCACAGCUGUGAGAGCCGCAUCCGCAGCUACCUGAGGGAGGUGAGCGGCUUCGUACCGGCUGUGGGCGCAGGCGCACGAGGGGAGUUCUCGCGCCUGGUGGAUGCUAUGAGCCAGAAGCUCCGUGCUGAGCGCUACCACGGCAGCUACUUCGACCGGGGCGCCCCAGCGGGUGACCGCCUCUGCACCCCCGAGGGCUGGUUCUCCUGCCAGGGCCCGUUCGACAUGGCCGACUGUGCGUCCAGACACUCCAUCAACCCCUACAGCAACCGUGAGAGCCGCGUGCUCUUCAGCACCUGGAACCUGGACCACGUCAUCGAGAAGAAGCGCACGGUGGUGCCCGCUUUGGCCGAGGCGGUGGCGGCCCGGGACGGCAGGGAGGUCGACUGGGAGUAUUUUUACAGCUUGCUGUUCACCUCAGAGAACCUGAAGCUGGUGCACAUCGCCUGCCACAAGAAGACCACCCACCAGCUCCGCUGCGACCCUCGCAGGGUCUACAAGCCCCAGAGCAGGCAGCUGCAGCGGAAGAAGCCGCAGGCUCGUAGGCGCAGGUGACCACACCCCGGCGGCCCCGCCCACCAGAGACCACAUUUGCCACAAAGCCACG